UAAACUUUUUUCUGAUAUGUAUUAUUUAGCUAAUAUGUUUGAUUUUUUAGAUGUUCCUUGCUUAAGUCCUAAAAAUGAAAAGAAGCCCUCACCUGGAUUUUUAUUAGAUUAAACAAUAUAUAAGAAAAAUAAUUUAAAUUUACAUUAUGGUUUUUUGUUCUUUCUUGAAGUCAAACCUGUGAUAGUGUUCCCAAUUUUGAUGUUAGUAGGAGACUGUUAGGAUUUUAUUACACUUAUACUGUGUUGUUUGUUUUUAUAUUCUGUCUUUUUUUCUCUUUAUAUUUCAUUUUGGAUAUUUUCUUUUGACUUACCCUUUAGAGUUCACUAACUCCCUCUUCAACUGUGUCUAAUCUGAUGGUUAGAUCCACCCGUGGAGUUCAAUUUCAGCUAUUUUAUUUUUCAGUUCUAGAUCUUACAUUUGAUUAUUUUAAAACAUCCUGUUCUCUUCCUAAAUUAUCACUCUUUUCUUUAUUUCUUUGAACAUAUUGAAUGUAUGACUUUAAAAAUGUGUUACUUUAAAUAUGUGUGAUACUUCCAUAUUUGGUAUCUAGUCUAUUACAUUUCUUAGUUUUGAGUCACAUUAUAUUGUGUUCAUGUAUGCCAGUUUGUAUGGUUUUUUUCUUAGUUGUUUCUGUUUUUUUUUUUUUUAAUUGAGAAAUGAACAUUAUAAUUUGGGGUUCUAGAUGAUACUUUCCUCCAGAAAGUACCUACAUUUCCUCUGGCAGUCUAGGUUAAAAAACUAUUGAAGGGUCAGAACAACAUAAUUCAAGCAGACAUCAGGUCUUUGAAAGUUGGAUUUUAUUCCCAUUAAAGCCUAAUUUAAUUUCAGUUCAUCCUUGUUUAUAGGUUGUAGCCCUCCAUAGAGGUUGUGUCAAACUAUACUCCCACCAGCAAUGUUUAGAAUGUCUACUUUCCUACAACCUUUCUAACUACAAUGCAUAAUCAAACUUUCCAUCCUGGUCAGUUUGUUAAGUAAAGAGUAGUAUGUUAUUAUAAUAUCAGUAAAAUUUUCUUAUAUCUUAAGUGAAAUUGAACAUCUUUUCCUGUUUUGUGACAUUCUGUUUCUAUUCUUUGUCCAUUUGUCUGUAAAGUUGUUGGCCUUCAUAGAGAUUUGUGAAAACUGUUUGCAUAUUAGGGAAGUUAGCUUUCUCUAUAGUGUAAUUUGCAAUGAUCUUCCCUGCUUUUGUUUGCUUUAUGAUUCUGUUUAAGAAGCUUUCUACUUUAAAGAAUUUUUUGCAAUUCUGUUUUUUGUUAUCUUUUAUGGCUCUGAAUUUGUGUCUUAUUUAAAAAGUCCUUCCUCACUUCAAGAUAGUAAUAAAAAUGUAAUAAAAACAAAAAAAUUAUGUUCUAAUAUGCUUUUUGUUUCUUUUAUAUGUUUAAAGCUUUAAUCUAUCUGGAAUUUUUUUAAGUAUAAGAUAUGAAAUAAGUAUUAAACUAUAUUUUUUCCUGAUGACUAAGAAUUGUGCCAAUACCAUUUCCUGAAUACUUCAUCUUUCUACGCUUAUUUGGAAUCAACUAUCAAAUAAUACAUUACCUUAUAUAUUUCACUUUUAUUUCUGUACUUCCUAAGCUGAGUCUUAUAAGCUCCAAGAGAAUGCCUUGAGAUAAAAAAGUCUUAUCUUUGAGUACCUGGAGUUUUCUUCAGGGGGAUGUGGAGGAUAUAUGUGAACAUAGAGUAUUGGGUGCUUGCUUCUUUACUAGAAUAUUAUUUGAUGGGAAAGCUGGCAACAACAGUUGAUGGAUGAUGGGAGAGGAGGAAUGGACUGUGGGACAGCCUAUUGUUUCAUUAUUUGAUAUGGUAAGAAUAUAUGAUUAUUCUCUAGCCCAAGUAAUUACCGUGAAAGAUGGUUGAGCUCAAGCCAUCUUCUGAGUUCCCUUCUCUAGAGAUUGACCUGUAAAGACAAAGGGACUUCAGAAUUCAGAGACCAUAAAGAUGUGUCACCCGGUUCAGAAGCUGAAGGUUGUUAGAAUAGGUCAGAUACAAAACACAUUUCCCGAAGGACGCGGCAGCGUCUCAGGCGGGCGGGAGGUGCACCAGCGGCGGCGGCGGCGGUGGUAAAUCCUCCGGGCCGCUCACAGCACUGUGGAGCCGCGUCCCCAGCCCGGCCUCGGACCGCGGCACCCCUCCUGGACCUCGCGGCACCCCUCCUGGCCCUCGCGGCUUCUAGCCCGCCCGCCCCUCCCCCGCGCGUCGGCCCUGCCGAGCCGGCCGGCCGGCCUGGCUCCCCUCCCCGGCCCCGACGGGCCGGCGGACUGCCCUGAAGAGGCGGGGAGGUGAGGGCUGGGUCGGCUGGCGGGCGGGCGAGGAUGCCGAACUUCUGCGCUGCACCCAACUGCACGCGGAAGAGCACGCAGUCCAACUUGGCCUUCUUCAGGUUCCCGCGGGACCCUGCCGGAUGCCAGAAGUGGGUGGAGAACUGUAGGAGAGCCGACUUAGAAGAUAAAACACCUGAUCAGCUAAAUAAACAUUAUCGAUUAUGUGCCAAACAUUUUGAGACCUCUAUGAUCUGUAGAACUAUACAUUUUAGUCCUUAUAGGACAGUUCUUCGAGAUAAUGCAAUACCAACAAUAUUUGAUCUUACCAGUCAUUUGAACAACCCACAUAGUAGACACAGAAAACGAAUAAAAGAACUGAGUGAAGACGAAAUCAGGACACUGAAACAAAAAAAAAUUGAUGAAACUUCUGAGCAGGAAUAAAAACAUAAAGAAACGAACAAUAGCAAUGCUCAGAACCCCAGCGAAGAAGAGGGUGAAGGGCAAGAUGAGGACAUUUUACCUCUAACCCUUGAAGAGAAGGAAAACAAAGAAUACCUAAAAUCUCUAUUUGAAAUCUUGAUUCUGAUGGGAAAGCAAAAUGUACCUCUGGAUGGACAUGAGGCUGAUGAAAUCCCAGAAGGUCUCUUUACUCCAGAUAACUUUCAGGCACUGCUGGAGUGUCGGAUAAAUUGUGGUGAAGAGGUUCUGAGAAAGCGGUUUGAGACAACAGCAGUUAACACGUUGUUUUGUUCAAAAACACAGCAGAGGCAGAUGCUAGAGAUCUGUGAGAGCUGUACAGAAACUCUCAGGGAAGUGAGAGACUCACACUUCUUUUCCAUUAUCACUGACGAUGUAGUGGACAUAGCAGGGGAAGAGCACCUACCUGUGUUGGUGAGGUUUGUUGAUGAAUCUCAUAACCUAAGAGAGGAAUUCAUAGGCUUCGUGCCUUAUGAAGCCAAUGCAGAAAUUUUGGCUGUAAAAUUUCACACUAUGAUAACUGAGAAGUGGGGAUUAAAUAUGGAGUAUUGUCGUGGCCAGGCUUACACUGUCUCUAGUGGAUUUUCUUCCAAAAUGAAAGUUGUUGCUUCUACACUUUUAGAGAAAUACCCCCAAGCUAUCUACACACUCUGCUCUUCCUGUGCCUUAAAUAUAUGGUUGGCAAAAUCAGUACCUGUUAUGGGAGUAUCUGUUGCAUUAGGAACAAUUGAGGAAGUUUGUUCUUUUUUCCAUCGAUCGCCACAACCGCUUUUAGAACUUGACAACGUAAUUUCUGUUCUUUUUCAGAACAGUAAAGAAAGGGGUAAAGAACUGAAGGAAAUCUGCCAUUCUCAGUGGACAGGCAGGCAUGAUGCUUUUGAAAUUUUGGUGGAACUCCUGCAAGCACUUGUUUUAUGUUUAGAUGGUAUAAAUAGUGACACAAAUAUUAGAUGGAAUAACUGUGUAGCUGGCUGAGCAUUUGUACUCUGCAGUGCAGUAACAGAUUUUGAUUUCAUUGUUACUAUUGUUGUUCUUAAAAAUGUCCUAUCUUUUACAAGAGCCUUUGGGAAAAACCUCCAGGGGCAAACCUCUGAUGUCUUCUUUGCAGCCGGUAGCUUGACUGCAGUACUGCAUUCACUCAACGAAGUGAUGGAAAAUAUUGAAGUUUAUCAUGAAUUUUGGUUUGAGGAAGCCACAAAUUUGGCAACCAAACUUGAUAUUCAAAUGAAACUCCCUGGGAAAUUCCACAGAGCUCACCUGGGUAACUUGGAAUCUCAGCUAACCUCUGAGAGUUACUAUAAAGAAACCCUAAGGGUCCCAACAGUGGAGCACAUUAUUCAGGAACUUAAAGAUAUAUUCUCAGAACAGCACCUCAAAGCUCUUAAAUGCUUAUCUCUGGUACCCUCAGUCAUGGGACAACUCAAAUUCAAUACGUUGGAGGGACACCAUGCUGACAUGUAUAGAAGUGACUUGCCCAAUCCUGACACGCUGUCAGCUGAGCUUCAUUGUUGGAGAAUCAAAUGGAACAGGGGGAAAGAUACAGAGCUUCCGUCCACCAUCUAUGAAGCCCUUCACCUGCCUGACAUCAAGUUUUUUUCUAAUGUGUGUGCAUUGCUGAAGGUCCUGUGUAUUCUUCCUGUGAUGAAGGUUGAGAAUGAGCGGUAUGAAAAUGGACAAAAGCAUCUUAAAGCAUAUUUGGGGAACACUUUGACAGACCAAAGGUCAAGUAACUUGGCUUUGCUUAACAUAAAUUUUGAUAUAAAACACGACCUGGAUUUAAUGGUGGACACAUAUAUUAAACUCUAUACAAGUAAGUCAGAGCUUCCUACAGAUAAUUCCAAAACCGUGGAAAAUACCUAAGAGACUUUUAAAAAUAGGCUUUCUUAUAUUUGAUAAUUGGAAGAAAAGCCGUAAGGUGUAUGUAGGCCACUUAAUAACUAAAUAUCUUUGC